AUGGGUCUGCAGAAUAUGCAAAAUCAGAAUAUGAAUUUGGUUUUGUCCACUGAUGCAAAGCCUAGGCUAAAAUGGACUCCAGAACUUCAUCAGAGAUUUGUUGAAGCAGUCAAUCAGCUUGGAGGUGCAGACAAGGCCACACCAAAGACUUUGAUGAGGGUGAUGGGAAUUCAUGGACUCACUCUGUACCACCUAAAGAGCCAUUUACAGAAAUAUAGGCUAGGGAAAAGCCAACAAUCAGAAAACUGCAGUGACAGUUUGCAAGAAGAUUACAAAGAGAUUCAGAGCAGUGAUGGCCAUUUCUGCACAGAUAUCAAUGAUGAAACUCACAGCCGGAUAAAUGAAAGCGCCCAGAUAGCUCAGUCUCUCCGAUUGCAAAUGGAAGUGCAGAGGAAACUACAUGAGCAAAUCGAGGUGCAGAGACAUCUUCAGUUACGAAUCGAAGCUCAAGGGAAGUAUUUACAAUCAGUACUAAAGAAAGCACAGGAAACUCUUUCUGGGUAUAAUUCUUCAUCAGUGGGUGUAGAACUUGCAAAGGCUGAAAUCUCUCAGUUAGUUUCAAUGGUCAACAAUGGCUGCCCCAGUUCUUCAUUCUCAGAGUUGACAGAAACAGGAACUCCAACCCUAAAAGACAUUGAAAGGAAGCAAAUUAGAGGCACAAUUUGUUCAAUGGAAAGUUCCCUCACAUCUUCUGAAAGCUCAGGGAGACAGGAAGAAAAGUCUAAUACAACCUGUGUAGAACUACCAUUAAUGGAAAUUCACCCAGAAGUGAAGUCAUUGAAUAAUGUUACAAGCAACAAUCAAAAUCACGGGAUUGGGAGGAAGAGAAGUAUAAGCAGUUCCAUUUCUGAUGGGAUGUGUGUCGAGCAACCAGUUGCUAAAAGAUCAUCAGCAACACACACAGAUAAAAGUGGCAACCAUCUGAGAUUUGUCACAAUUGAUUUGAAUAGCAAGUAUCAGAAUGACAUUGAUUCUGGUUCAAAAGUACUAGACUUGAAUUCCAAGGGAAUUUAAUACCUUAAAGUGGAAACCAUCUGGGUUUAGAGCAAAUCUUGUAUUAUAUACUAUGUACAUUGUUAUAUGUAUGGACCCUUUUGAAAGGAUAUUCAUAUCAAAAGAAGGUAUUGUAUAAUGUA